GUUUGAUCAAGACCCACCAUGUUGUCGCAAUUGUCCCGCAAAGCUGGCCGCGUCGCCGGCGUCCGUGCGCUGUCCACGCAGUCCCCAUAUGUGCUCCCAGCCUUCCCUGUCCUCUUGGAAGACCUGGAGCGAGAUGCCAAGAAGAACAGGUUCAUCAAAGUGAGCAAGCUUACCAAUUUGUUCAAGCGCGUGACUUCCAAGGACGAAUUGAACGCGGCUACGAACGCGUUCAAGGUGUACGAGCGCAAGCACAUUGACCCCAUCGAAACCACUGUGGGUGAGUUCAUCAAGGCAUGCCUGCAGCAUGACGCCGGCGACGUUGCCCUCAACGCCCUCACCAACAACUACCGUCUUGGGUUGUUCUUGACCGCGGGCCCGUUGAACAAGUUGCUCUCGCACUUCUACACCAAGAACGACGACGCCAGCAUCAUUGCUGCCUUCGAGGCCGCCAAGAAGUACGAGAUCAAGCCCAACGCCACGACUUAUCACGCCGUCGUCAGCGCACUAAUCCGAUCAGGCGAACCCGAGAAGGCGGUGGAGUUGGCCCUAGCUGCUUCGGCGAAAGGCGAGAAGAUCUUGGACGAGACCAAGUCCUUGGUUGAAGGUGCCAGGCUUGGGCGCCAAGUAGACGCUGCACCGGAAGCUGACGAAGAAGCAGCUCCUGCCGCCGAAGACGACUCAGAGACCAAAGACAAGCCCACCUUGGCUUAAUUGUAAACUGAAGAAGGUCGUACUCCUCCUUGGAGCGUUGUGUUGUUGCAAGUGGCAUUCAUGUCUCUUUGCCAAUAUGAAGGAGCU